CCCACUGUGUUAAGGGCACUGCUUCUACGGAGCAUAGUUGAGCAACAUGAAUUCUCUUCAAGUUUUCAAAGUCCUGGAAAGUUUUGAUAAGCAAAUACUGUCCAGGCUCUGCUUCUCCAUUGGUUGUUUCUUCACUGCCAGAUUUUGACACAAAUAAUCUGAUUGAAAAAUCAGGGAGGGGAACAGGGGCAAAAAACAGAAAGAAAAAAGGAGAAGUAUCUAUUUCAGAAGACAGCUACCAAGUGAAAAAGUGGAAGAAAGAGCCACAGAAAGAAAGAGAAGACCUCUUGCUGGGGGGUUUGUCUGGGGAGAUUUCAAGGCAGAGCUUGAUUCCUGCAAACCACAGUCCCCAAAACAGUGUUUCUGCCCAGGAAGUGCCUGGAAAAUGCCACGUUCUUUUUUGGUGAAGAGUAAGAAGGCCCAUACCUACCACCAGCACCACUCUGUGGAAGAGAACCUGCCUGUUUCCACAUGGGAUCCCAUACCAUCACUCUGCCUUGCCCCAUGUGACAAGUCGUCAGAAGAAGUCAGGCCCUUCAGCGCAGAGUUCAAAAGCGAGUACCCAGAAUGCCUUGUUCCAAAACAAGAAAAGGACCAUGCUGGACUGAAGGAAGAAGGUGCACCUGCCCUGUAUCUGAACAGGACAUUGUCAGGGCUUCCAGCUCAAGAGACAUCCGUCCCAGCUCUGCAAGUUAAGGGCUGCAGCAAUUCCACAAGCACCCCCACCUUCUACAAGCCCAGUUUCUCUUGGGACGCCUUCCAUUCUCCAUACAGCUACAGGCAGAUGUCUUCCAGCAUGCAGUCAGCCCUCCUGGAGCGCUCAGUUAGUCUGUAUGGCAGCCACCUCCUGCCAGGCUCUGAGCCGCCUAUUGAUUACAGCAUGCGUUACUCACCGGACAUGGAGACGUACCACUGUGUGAAGUGCAACAAGGUAUUCUCCACCCCACAUGGGCUGGAGGUCCAUGUCCGAAGAUCUCACAGUGGGACGCGGCCCUUUGCUUGUGAUGUGUGCGGCAAAACCUUUGGACAUGCUGUGAGCCUGGAGCAGCACACGAACGUCCACUCCCAGGAGAGAAGCUUUGAGUGUAAGAUGUGUGGAAAGACUUUUAAGCGCUCGUCCACAUUGUCCACCCACCUCCUGAUCCAUUCAGACACGCGGCCCUACCCCUGCCAGUACUGCGGCAAGCGCUUCCACCAGAAAUCAGACAUGAAGAAACACACCUACAUUCAUACCGGGGAGAAGCCCCACAAGUGCCAAGUGUGCGGCAAAGCCUUCAGCCAGAGCUCCAAUCUCAUCACCCACAGCCGCAAGCACACCGGCUUCAAGCCCUUCAGCUGUGAACUCUGCGCCAAGGGCUUCCAGCGCAAGGUGGACCUGCGGCGGCACAGGGAGACCCAGCACAGCUUGAAGUGAGAGCACACCCCCAGCUCUGUCCUGGAGCCCCCACUCCCAGCCACAUGGAAUCCCACCAGUAUUCUGGCCUCGUCUCUCCCUCUGCUUGGUUUGGGGCACCCACUUCGUUAAAUGCUUAUCUCUGCCCGGAUUCCCUGUGGGACUGGCACAGCAACGUCAUCUUCCCUGCAUCCGACGAAGUGGGCAUUCACCCACGAAAGCUUAUGCUCCAAUACAUCUGUUAGUCUUAAAGGUGCCACAGGACUCUCUCUUGCUUUUUACAGAUCCAGACUAACACGGCUAUCCCUCUGAUACUAUCUUCCCUGGUGUUACCCCACAUCCCCCUGUGCGUGACCAAGAAUGGCACUGCCAGGAUCACUCACUGUCUGGUUUUAUCACAGGCAUUGGGCCAGGCUCUGAUCUCAGUUACUCCAGUGUAAAUCCCCUGGAGUCGUCAUUACUCUGGAUUUACAAUGAGUGCAGGAUCGGGCUCAUCUCAUCCCCUGGCGACACAGAGGGACUCCUGGGUUGAUGACACCAACUGACUAGCGAUCUGUGCCAGGCUCCCUAAUCACGCUCUACUUCGAUGGUUAGGAAGAUAAGGCCUGGGCAUGCAAAUAAUUUGCAUUCAAUGAGCUCCGCUCAGCUAAGACAGGGUUCCCAUAGAGGGCAUAAAUUUGGGGCACAUACACCUAGACUCACAUUCUUUCAACAGGAGUCUUUUUGUUAUCAGGUGAAAAAUAUGUAGCACUGCACGUUUAUCUUACAAUAGAGUUGGAGGGCAGGGCAGUAAAAAAUCAGACCCUACAUGCCCAUAUUAGUACCACCUGGCUACCUACAUGGACUUCUGAGCUACGUGGUAUUCAGGACCACGGGGAAUUUUGUUUCCCUGUCACUCUUAUAAAAGAAGAAGCUGAUCUAUCCGUCUUGCACCCAUCACAUUAGUAUGUGAGUACCCUACAAGUAUUAGCAAGGCAAAGUAGCAAUACACCUCUACUCCGAUAUAACGUGACCUGAUAUAACAUGAAUUCGGAUAUAACACGGUAAAGCAGUGCUCCGUGGGGGGCGGGGCUGUGCACUCCGGCGGAUCAAAGCAAGUUCGAUAUAACGCGGCUUCACUAUAACACAGUAAGAUUUUUUGGCUCCCGAGGACAGCAUUAUAUCGGGGUAGAGGUGUAUUUCCUUCUCUCUCUGGUCAAGCGGUUAAAGCACAGGGCUGAGAACAAGAGCCAUGGGUUCUCUCCUUGGUGCUGCUACAUCCUGACUAUGUGACCUUAGGCAGGGCACUUCCCCUCCCUCUGACUCAGUUUCCCCAUCUGUAAAAUGGAGAUGAUACUUCACCUCACUGGGGUGUCAUAAAGAUUAAUGUACCAGGUUUGUCAAGUGCUUCGAGAUCCUCAGCUGGAAGACACUAGAGAAGGGCAAAGUGCUAUGUUAGGGAGAGAAGUGCUUUUAAAUGAGAGGGGCAAUGAAGCCCCAACCAAGUCAGCCUCCGACACUGUGUCCAACAGUGACAUCACUGUGUUUAGCCUGUGGCUGGGAUGCAGCAUCGGUUCCUUUGUCCCUCUCUUUACCCCAGCACUGAUGAAUGAAACAAAAGCCCUGCAGUGACUCUCCUACAGAUAGGAAAGACAUGAUGCAAGUGGAGAAUUCAUUUACUGCCAGGAGGAAAAGGGCCAAAUCCUGCUCUCAGUUACCCCAGUGUAAAUCCAAAUGGCUCUGGCCCAGGAUGUGAAGCAUAAAUGCCUCCGUGUUUGUGCUGGCUCUAGGCUACUUUCCACUAAUAUGCAAUCUAGCGACUCAAAACACUCUCCCCUCCUUUGCGUGUACAUUUACAUAUGUAUUUAUACUUAUUGUAAUGUAUAUUUUUACUGUAAUAAACCAGACUGUAACAACC